AAUCCCACCACCAAUCUAUCUUCAUUAAUUACACAUUAAUCUUUUGACCUUUGAAGGUAUCAGCUUCAGGCCAUUCUCUUCCAUACUUUCAGGACAGGAAUGGAUUCAGUUUCUCAUGACAAAUCCACCAAGCACCAUUCCUCUGAAAGCAAACCCACCAAGAAACACCAACCAUCUCCCUCUGAACUGUUAUCUAGUGCCAAAUUGGUAGCUGAGGCUGCAAAAUCCACGCUCAACCAUGACUCUAAUCGGAAGGUAGAUAAGGAAAAGGUUGCUCAUGCUGCUGGAGAUCUUCUUGGGGCUGCCUCUAACUAUGGCAAGCUGGAAGAUAAGGGCUAUGGCAAAUAUUUGGGACAGGCUGAGAACUAUCUGCACAAGUACGGCCAAAAGGAUUCACAUUCCACCACCGCCAACUCUGGCCACUCAGCAGGUACUACGGCGCACUCCUCGUCACAUCAUAGCGAUGGUCAUGGGAAAUCUGGAAGUGAGUAUGGAGACUACUUAAAGAUGGCCGAAGGGAUAUUUAAGAAGCAUUGACUAAUCUGUAAUUUCAUAUUGUGAAAGUAUUUGGUCAUCUGGCAGGCGAUGUCCUUGUUUUUUAAAUUUGAUGGUGUUUGAUUCCUCUACUUUUCAACAUUUUUUUUUUUUUUUUUUUUUUUACAUAUUU